GAGAGAGAGAGGGACACAGAGCACAGCGAGAGGGGGAGGGUGGGAAAUUUUGCAGUCCAUUUUAGGGUUUGAUCCGACAUGCAAAGAAGGAUUAAAAACCCUAAUGGAUAUGGUGAAAUUUUAACUCAAUUCAACAUCUAGACAACCCACAUUUCUCAACUACGGGCUCCAUCAUCGUGGCUUUCCAAUAGAGGAAAAAAGGGAGGAACUUGGUACGGAUAUAUGCAUAGUAAUGUCGAAUGAUCAUGAUGAAGAUGCAUGAUUAUGGAUGUGGAUCACAGAGUUUUCUGUGUGUAUGUAUAUAGCUGUGUGGUGUUUGUUUGGUUGUGGGCGAAUGUGGUUUGGAGCGCGACAAAUGCGAAUGAUUUCAGGAUUCUUAAGGAAUUGAGAAAUGGAUUGGAAAAUCCUGAGCUCCUAAAAUGGCCUGUCAAGGGGAAUGACCCUUGUGGCCCUCCUGCAUGGCCUUAUGUGUUCUGCUCUGGGGGGAGAGUGACACAAAUUCAAGCCAAGGGUUUGGGUCUGAAAGGCACUUUGCCUCAGGACUUUAACCAGCUAGAUAAGCUGCAGAAUCUUGGGCUUCAGAAGAACAAUUUGUAUGGGAAAUUGCCUAGUUUUAGUGGGUUGUCUAAUUUGAAGUUUGCCUACUUAGAUGGGAACGAAUUCGAUACUAUCCCCGCGGAUUUCUUCCAUGGGCUUAGUAAUGUUCGUGUUUUGGCUUUGGAUAAGAACCCGUUUAACAAAACUGCAGGGUGGUCUAUUCCCAGUGAGCUGCAGGAAUCAACUCGGCUCACUAAUUUUUCGUGCUCCUCUUGCAAUAUUGCUGGGCCAUUGCCGGGUUUUUUUGGGAAGAUGCCAUCUCUCACUGCCUUGAAGCUGUCAUAUAACAGGAUUGAAGGUGAGAUACCAGACACUUUUCGUGAUUCGCUGCUGCAGGUUCUGUGGUUGAAUAAUCAGGAAGGUGGUUCGAUGACUGGUCCAAUCGACGUAAUAGGAUCCAUGGUUGGGCUUACAUCAGUUUGGCUUCACGGGAAUGCAUUUACUGGGCAAAUUCCUGAUAACAUUGAGGAUUUGACUUCUUUGAAGGACCUCAACCUUAAUGGAAAUGAACUUGUUGGUCUGAUUCCCAAAGGUUUGGCUGAUCUUAAUCUGCACUCACUGGAUUUGAACAAUAAUCAGUUAAUGGGCGCUAUCCCAAAGUUUAAAGCUGCUGAUGUCACCUAUUCGUCAAAUUCUUUCUGUCAAUCGAGCCCUGGCGAACCUUGUGCUCCUGAAGUUGAUGCGCUGUUGGAGUUUCUUAAAGAUUUGAAUUAUCCACAUCAUCUGGCGAAUGAAUGGACUGGUAAUGAUCCGUGCAAAGGGCCAUGGUUUGGUAUCACUUGCACUCCAAGUGGGCAUGUUUCCAUUAUUAACCUGCAGAAGCUUAAUCUUAAUGGUACUCUAAGCCCUUCACUUGCAGCCUUGGAUUCGCUGAUGGAAAUUCACUUAGCAGGAAAUAAUUUACAUGGUCGAGUGCCAACGGAUUUAACAAAAUUGAGGAAUUUGAGAUUGUUGGACAUAAGUGGCAACAAUUUUGAUCAGCCAUUACCAAAGUUUCGUAAUGGGGUGAGGAUUCUUACCAAUGGUAAUCCCGGUCUUGAUGAUAGUAAAGCCAAGUCGCCUCAUCGUCCAACUAUACACUCACCACCAACACCGAAAGGAAGCAAUCCAGUACCAAGUCCAGGUAAUCAGCCACCAUCAUUCAGUAGUCCACCUUCCCCAGGUUCCCGUUCUGAUUUGGCCUCAAAGUCUCCAAGUUUGGCCCAGGAUCGGAAGAAACGGCAAAGUUCUUUGAAGUCUGUCGUAAUUAUCACUGUGGCUAUUAGUGCUACUUCUGCAAUUCUGUUUCUUGGAAUAGCUUUGUUUUGUUGCCUCAGGAAGAGAAAAAAGUCGAAGAAGAUUUCUGGUGGAACCGUGGUCCAUCCCAAAGGCCCAUCCAACCAAGAGUUCAAGACUAAAACAUCUGAAAAUCCCAGUCUUGGUAUACUGGGGAGUCAUGCUGCAAGUGAAAAUAGUGGCGGGUUGGAAGCUGCUCAUAUGGUGAAGGGUGGAUACCUAAUCAUUCCAGUCGAGGUCCUUCGUGCAGUAACUAAUAAUUUUGCACCACAGAACGAAAUUGGCCGUGGUGGUUUUGGAGUGGUUUACAAAGGAGUGCUGCAAGAUAGUACUCCACUAGCAGUGAAGAGAAUGGAAGCCGGGAUGAUCAAUAACAAAGUGUUAGAUGAAUUUCACGCCGAAAUCACAGUUCUUUCAAAAGUCCGGCAUCGCCACCUGGUAUCACUUUUGGGCUACUCUGUUGAGGGAAAUGAGAAACUUUUGGUGUAUGAAUAUAUGCCUCAGGGAGCUUUAAGUAGGCACCUUUUCAUGUGGAAGAAACUGAACCUAGACCCUCUAUCGUGGACACAGAGGUUGAGCAUUGCAUUAGACGUUGCUAGAGGAAUGGAGUAUCUUCACAGUCUUGCACACCAGAGCUUUAUACACCGAGAUCUCAAAUCUUCCAAUAUUCUAUUGGGCGAUGAUUUUCGAGCUAAAGUUUCAGAUUUUGGCUUAGUCAAACUUGCUCCUGACAGAGAGAUGUCUGUUGCAACUCGGCUUGCAGGGACAUUUGGAUACCUUGCUCCUGAAUAUGCAGUGACGGGGAAAGUUACAACAAAAGUUGAUGUCUUCAGCUUCGGGGUGGUGUUGAUGGAACUUUUGACUGGAUUAACAGCACUCGAUGAACACCGUUCUGAGGAAAGCCGGGUUUUAUUCGAGUGGUUUUGGGCGAUGAAAUUCAACAAAGAGAAUAUCAUUGCCACUAUUGACCCAUCCAUGAAUGCAAAAGAAGAUAUCUAUGAUAGUAUUUGCACUGUGAGUGAAUUAGCCAGGCAUUGCACUGCAAGGGAUCCUAAUCACCGCCCCGAUAUGGGACACGUUGUAAACGUGCUAUCCCAGCUGGUUCACAAGUGGAAACCCGUAGAAGAAGAAGAGCAACAACAAACACAGGUGUUGGCCGAUAUUGAUUACACCGUACCUCUUCCACAAAUGCUGAUGGCUUGGCAAAACGAAAAAACUGGAGAUUUUAGUGGCAUCAGUCAAGACAGCAAAGGAAGCACUCAUUCAAAGGCUUCGGUAUUGGCAAAUGCAUCUGUGGAUCCUCGAUAGCUGGGGAAAAGACGAUUUUGAGCUACAAAUUAUAUGCCCAUCUGCCAAAAAACUGGAGAUUUCAGUGGCAUGCAUCAGGCAAGACAGCAUAUUUGAAGCAUUCUUCAUUCUCCUCUGCAGAUGCUCGAGAGCUCUGGGAAAAGACGAUUUUGGGUACAGAAUAAAUGUCCAUCUGUUUAUUCGUGCUAGUAUUUUGUGCAUUUUUACUUGGUAUCCCUAAAAGAGCAGAUAUAACAGGACCAUAAAGUUACAGCAACCUGUUCUUGGAGCUACAUACCAAAUUGCUUUCUUGUGUAGAUACAUAUAUAUAACAUUUUACACAAGAGAACAGAUGGUGGUACAAGUAACAUACAUGUAUGAUAGCUUUUUGAGUGUAAUUAAGACAAGUUUUAGUGGCUAUCUACAUCACAAAAUAACAUGUAAAGCAAUAUGAGGAAGAAUAAAAUGGUAACUUCUGCUUUUA